UACAUUUAGUCACAAAGAAAACUUGUUCAAAAGCAAAACAAAAAUGACGGGAAAUAUUUUAUUAAGACACCAAAAUAAAUGGCAAAUUAUUGGCAAAACCAAGCAAUUACGCUUAGGGUCCACAACGGCUAUUGGAACCAACACUGAAACAAAUUCUUUUAAACAAGAAUGGGAAAACGCCAAACCCUUCAAAGAAAUUCCUUCAUAUAAGAAAUUAUCCGAUAUACUAAAGUUUCUACCGGGUGGUAAAUAUUAUAAAAUGGAACCCACAAAACUAAUGUUGCAACUAAAGAAAGAUAUGGGCAAUAUUAUGAGAUUUGAUGGUUAUUUUGGACGCAAAAAUGGAGUGAUUACUCAUAAUGUCGAGGAUUUUAUAACAGUUUUUCGUAAUGAGGGCAUUUGGCCAAUUAGACCGGGUUCGGAUGCUCUACAUUACCAUAGAAGUGUACUUAGAGCAGAUUUCUUUCAGGGUACGGAGGGAAUUAUAUCGACGCAAAAUGAGAAGUGGGCUAAUUUUAGAUCCACUGUAAAUCCAGUACUAAUGCAACCUAAGAAUGUACGUUUAUAUAUGGAUAAAAUGUCACAGGUUAAUAAGAAAUUUAUCGAGAGAAUUCGACAAAUGCGCGAUCCGCAAACAUUUGAAGUUCCCGCCAGUUUUGAAGAGGAAAUGAAUCGUUGGACUUUGGAAUCCGUUUCAGUUGUUGCUCUCGAUAAACAAUUAGGUUUAAUGUCUAAAAAUCGUUCAGAUCCCUUGGCCAAAGAACUAUUUAAAGCUAUUAGUGAUUUUUUUAUAUACGGCAUGGAAGUGGAGUAUGCUCCUCCCAUAUGGAAAUAUUAUAAAAACAAAUCAUUUAAAAAUCUAAUGAAAUGUUUAGAUACCAUAACGUAUAUAACCAGUAAAUAUGUCAACGAAGCCAUAGAACGUUUAGAGGAAAACACUCAAAAGGGUGGACCAGAAAAACCAGAACAUGAAAAGAGUGUUUUGGAAAAGUUAAUAAAAAUUGACAAGAAAAUAGCUACAGUUAUGGCCAUGGACAUGUUAAUGGCUGGAGUGGAUACGACUUCAUCUACCUUCACCGGUUUACUAUUGUGCUUGGCUAAAAAUCCCCAAAAACAAGCCAAGCUUAGAGAGGAAAUUAUGAAAAUUUUACCCCUUAAAGAUUCAGAAUUUACGGAGGAAUCUUUGAGAAAUAUACCUUAUCUAAGAGCCUGUAUUAAAGAAUCUUUACGCUUGUAUCCAAUUCUUAUUGGAAAUUCCAGAAUUACUACCAAUGAUAUGGUCUUAAGUGGCUAUCAGAUACCCAAAGAUACACAAAUCUCUAUGAUUUCUUGCGCAAUAGUAAAGGAUGAUAAAUAUUUUCCACGUGCUAAAGAAUUUCUACCCGAAAGAUGGUUACGAGUAGAAGAGAGUAAUUCUAUCGGGUGUCCGCUAAAGCCCAGCAGUCCAUUUGCCUUUUUACCGUUCGGUUUUGGUCCACGUAGUUGUAUUGGUCGUCGUAUUGUUGAAAUGGAACUGGAAUUAGGUAUUGCCCGUGUUAUCAGAAAUUUUCAAGUAGAAUACAAUUAUCCCACAGAGAAUGCUUUCAAGAGUCUUUUGAUAAAUGUACCCAAUAUACCGUUAAAGUUUAAAUUUACCGAUAUCGAUAAGUAAUAGAUAAGAAUAAAUAUAAAAUAUUUUAGUUUAUUUUUUUAUGGAAAAAAUUUAAAAUUUCUAUUGUAAAUAUAUUGCACUAUAAACAAAAAGCUUUAAAUAUAAACAAUACGUAACAACUAAUUACAAGUACUAUACUUACAGGUUAACCUUCGUAUUACCGAAAUCCACCUGAUUUAUAAUUGAAUUUAUUAAAUAUUUUAUUAUUUUUUUAGAAAA